AUGGGAACAUUAAAAGUUGUACCUAGUUGCACGUUUAGCGUCGGAGAACAAGAUAGUUCUUUAUUGACGUAUUCGGUUAAUCAUGGUAUGAUUAUUGAUGGUAUCUUGUUCAGUUAUUUGUGCAUUUUUAAUGUUUAGUUAACGUGGACAAUAAGAAUUAUAUGAAUUUGUGAAAAUAUUUGCCAGCUAUAGUCAUAGAGUUACGAUGAAGGCCGGAGAAACAAUUGUGAUAAUGAGCCUUCUGGGGACGAUUUCUCAAGCUGCUAGAUUACUCAAAGUGCCUCGAAUAUAUAACGCGAUAAUUACAUCGGAUAAAGAACUUCUACCAAGUCAAGCAUUCCCAGCUUUAUCACCGGUGCUUCAGAGUAUUCAAUUUCCUCAUUUCGCAAAUACAUUAUAUCAACCAGUAAACGUACCAAUCAUGACUCGUAAUUCUGAUCCAUUUGUUGGCCAGCCUAAACAAUACGACAGACCUGGUAAUCAAUUAUCUUACGAAACAUAUGCAAAAGAUACACUUCCACUUCGGAGUAAAGAUACUCCUCCGAACGAUUCAAUUGCUCCGAAAUCAACUCCGGUAUUAUUUAGACCAAACGUGGACCCUAAAAGUACUCCUACCAAUGAAGAAAAUAUGCCAAAUAUUAUACCCAACAGUAAUUUCCAAAGCAAUACGGUGAAUACUAAAAAACCAUUUUAUCCUCAUUACGACGAAGAAAUUGGUCAAAUAUUCAACGUCGUGAAUUACGACAAUAAAAAGGUGUACUCGGCUUCCAGUCCAACUUCACCGGAUUCCAAUUCACCGACUACUCAAAAAGUUGCUUUAGAUGGUGGUCCUCAGUAUUUACUUUCUACGCAGCAACAAGUCAAUUCGCUGCCUCAAUCUCGACCCAACAAUGAUCAAUUUUUGAAUCCUCAAUCCUCAGAUGAGAAUCAAGAUCAGUCGGGUUUUGUCGAUUCGUCAUCUCAAUUCAAUCCGAAUCAGUUUCAGUUUUUCAACGAUUUUGUCAAAAAUAAUGCGCCGAAGGAUAAAAGCAUCGCUGAUGUACCUCCCCCACCUCUGCCUGUGGGAAGACCAGGUACUCAAAGGAGAAAUGAAAACGCUCCUGUGAAUCCUUUACAAUUGGCAAUUGGCAUUUAACGAAUUCGUGAUGAUAAGGUACAUAUAAAAAGACUUCUGUGCAUAACUGCAUAUACCUAGUUACCUACCUACCUACUUGAGGAUAAUCAGGUACCAGUGCAAUGUGUUAUAAAUGUUAUGCAAUUAAGUAUCUAGUUUCGUAAUGACUGUGCUUAUCUAAUAUCUUCGUAAAUAAGUGCCCAUGCUACCUACAUAGUCUACCUAAAUACCAGCUACUCGUAUAGAUAUUAAAAGGCGAAAAUACUUCAUUUUCAAGUUGUGCUUCCACCUAUAGGUAGAAAAAUUAGUUGCAUGUGACUUUGUUACAUGGGAAUUACUUUUUUUUUCACGUUGGAUACCUGACAAAUCUAUGAAUAAUUAAAAGUAUUUCAUUCGAUGUGAAUCUAGUCUUCGAAAUUUUCAUUUAUUAUGACUUAGCUAUCAUUAGGUGAGUUAAUUUGUAUUGAUAAUGUAUACUGUCGGAAGUGUUUCUUAAGGCAUAUGUUUUUGAAAAUCACACCUUUCUAAUCAAACAAACACGAAAAGAAAUGUUUAUUUUGUAUAUUUAUCAAAUGCAUAUUGAAUAAUUAAAUGCUUUUAAAUGCUAA